GAGGCAGUUGAAAUAUCACAGGUCACAUUUACGAGUGAACAUCGAUCUCAUUGACUUUAUUUAUAUUUCAUAGAAUAGUAUUGAGUUAUUUAACCUCUGAAACUUUGAAUACUUGAAGAAAAAACAAAAUUAGCUCUCAUUGGAGCUAAUUUUGAAUUUAGGACAAAAAUACCGGGUAAACAAGACCACGUGACCGUGGCAUGUCUGGCGCUUCUGACAAGGAGGGGACUCCAGCGAAAAUCGACUCUAUGAUCAAAACAAACAGGAUCCCACAUUAAAGUUGUUCAGUUCAGUGAUACGAGCGUUCAGUCACGUUCACACAAUUUUCUCCUGAAAGAAAGUGUCUUAUAUUUCCCGAAAUUCUUAAUUCAGGGUGUAGAAGAUCAAGGAGAACAGUGAAAUGUAAAUAGUAGAUUUGUGAACAUGUAACUCAGUAGUUGAAGUGAUCGUGUCAUUACAAAUUUGCGAUGUCAGUGUAAUUUCCGAUAACGUCCUGAUAGUGUUUUAUAUUCCCAGGGAUUAUGUCCCAGAGGGAAUCAGUUAUUCAUCUAGUCGCUGGGGGCGUUGGAGGCACCGUCGGCGCCAUAGUCACCUGCCCCCUGGAGGUGGUCAAGACCCGUCAGCAAUCCUCCCAGAACUGCUUCCGUUUCAUCGGAGAACUGCCUCCCAUAGCCCAGGACCCGGUUCCCGGAAACAAGACAACAUGCCGCACCCUCCCCAGCCCGAACGGGAACAGCGGCGGCUACCAGAGGCGUAGGUUCUGGACCACCGCCCCUCAUUGUCGUCCUCAAGUUGUGGCUCUUUCAGGUUACGCGCCACCGCAGCCGACGCACGUGCCCUCUAUCGCGCAAUGCAUUAAACUCAUCGUCCAGCACGAGGGACCAAUGGCGCUCUUCAAAGGCCUUGGUCCGAACUUGGUAGGCGUGGCCCCAUCACGUGCCAUAUAUUUUGCCACCUACUCCCAAUCGAAACAGCUCUGGAACAAGGUCCUCCCACCCGAUUCUCCAAUCGUCCAUGUUUGCUCAGCCUCCUGCGCUGGCUUCAUGGCAAGCACACUAACUAAUCCCAUAUGGUUUGUGAAGACGAGGCUUCAGCUGGACCUGAACAAGCAUAGUAACAUAACUGCCUUUGAGUGUGUACGCAGGAUAUACGCCAAAUCGGGUAUUCUGGGAUUCUACAAAGGCAUAACCGCUUCUUACGUGGGAAUUUCAGAAACUGUAAUCCACUUUGUGAUAUACGAAGCCAUCAAGGCCGAGCUGAUAAAACAUAGGACGACAGGCCUGGAUGAAAGGUGUUCCAAAGACUUUUUCGAAUUUAUGAUUGCCGGAGCGAUCUCAAAAACUGUAGCCUCAUGCAUAGCUUAUCCACACGAGGUAGCUAGAACAAGAUUAAGGGAGGAAGGUAACAAAUACACGGGAUUCUGGCAAACUGUGGGGCUGGUCUUCAAGGAAGAAGGCUUAAGAGGAGUGUACAGGGGACUCACAACCCAACUAGUCAGGCAGAUACCUAACACUGCUAUCAUGAUGGCUACUUAUGAGGCUGUUGUAUAUAUUUUAACUGCUAGGUUCGGAACAGAUUUUUAUGAUAAGGAUGACGAUUGAGUUUUGAUACAGCUGUAGCAGGAAUGGCACGCAACUGUAUCGGAUGAACAAAGAAUUUUUUUUUCAAACAAGAAAGUAGUCACAUUUUCAAAUAUACUGCUUUGGUGAUAUUCAUAAUACAUAAUUAGAUCAUUCAUUUCGAUCGAGAAAUAGAUAAGGUGUACUUUGGGUUUAUUAUUUUAACUAAUAUGAAAUAUGGCCGUUUUUGUUUUUUAUUUGAAGGAAAGUGAGAUAUAACGAAUUUCUGUGGCUUCGACAUGAUUAAUAGUCACAGUUUAAGGCUUAGUGAUCAAACAUAUAUUAAAGUUCCUUAGAUAUGAUGUAAGGAUAUAUGAAAAAAAAAUCUUAUAUACUUGUUUGUUUUAACACUUGGAAUCAGCAGCACUCAAUAGUAAUUGUUAAAUUCCUGUUCAUAAAUCAGUUUAUAGUCGUCUAGUUUGUUACAUUCCCUCAUGCUAAACUUUUUCCGACCAUUUUAGGAAUCUGCUGAAAAUUGAUAGUAGAUGCAACAGAUAUGAUAAAAUAUAAGUUCAAAUUUGAAGAGAACUCUAGGUCUAAUGUGAUAAGUAUUUGUAUAUGUUGUAAAUUAAUUAUUUUUUAGUAUAUAUUGAAUGUUUUCAUUGAUAUUCUGUUAUUUAAGUGUCAAAUAUAUGUUGGGAUUAUUGUUUUCUAAUUGAAAAUUUCUAUGAUUUACAUUUGUUUGAAAAUGAUAGUAAGUUUGCUUAUACUGCAGGAUUUCUUCGUUGAUUUUUGAUAAUCUUUUGAUCUUUUCCUGUUUGUUUUUCUUUGAAAUGUAUAUUUUUGUUCGAUAGAUAUGUAUUAAAACGAAUCCUAUAAUAAACUUUGAAAUCGUU